UCUAAAUAGCGCUCUGUGCAUAUGGUCAGUUUAUACUUCUGCGUCGAACCUACGCCGUACCUGACGUGCACCUCUCCAAAAAUCUAACAGCGCGUCAAUUCUACGCGGACCGCAAGCGCUAUGAUUGGUCUGCUAGAACCCCUCCCUCCGUAUGUACUUGAGUUUUGUGUGCGUUUAUGAGCACUUUAAUAUAGUUUAAUGUCACACCUUCUUAUUUAAAAUAAAACAAAGCAAAAAACAAGUGUCUUAUCAUUUAUUAUAAUAUAGCAUUAUACAUCAGUAGUUGUCUGCGACAAACAAUGUUGAUCUGCCGUGGUAUGCGUCCUUGUGGAGACUGAAAGAAUGCCAUCUUCUCCUGUUCCGUUGUUGUCCCCUUUUUGUUGUUUUAAAUAAUGAUUUGAUAUUUAUUUGCCGCCGUCACAGCUAUAAUGCUUCUCCAAGGAGCCGCUUCAUCUUCGGCUUUUGCCGUGGUACUGUGGGUUACACCAGCAACAUGCCCGUGGACACUGUGGACUAUCGGUCCGCAUGUGUACUGCACGUCGACGCGGACGACAACGCAGAAGUAUAAAUCAAAACCGACGCACAGCUUACGGCGUAGGUCCGACGCAGAAGUAUAAAUUGGGCUAAUAAAUGCGUCUUCGGUCAAAGGCCAGAUUGCACAACUGCACGCGAAUAAAAUGAAAAAAUGUUCAUAGCUCUGUAGAUAUGUGCACUUGGAACGUGAGCAUGUUUAGAGUCUUGAUAUCUGCAGCAGCUCUUCUAACAUCUGAAGGGCUCUUGGUUCAAGGACCUGCUCAGCCUCUGGUGGCACGGCUCGGGGGUUCCAUCACACUGCCCUGCUCUGUGGAAACACCAUUACCUGUGGAGGAACUGGAGAUCGAAUGGAAGAGGACAGAUGAAGAGGCAUUAGUGCACUUGUUUCAGAAUGGACAGGACAGACCUGAGGCUCAGCAUCAGUCCUAUAGGGAUAGAGCACAUUUUUUUUCUGAGCAGAUCUUUAAAGGAAACUUCUCAAUCCUGUUGGAAAAUACAACAGUUGCAGACACUGGUAUCUACAGAUGUGUUGUUUACUCUUACCAGGAUGUUGGAGAGAUCUCUGUUACAAUUCAACAUGUGGAGCGUGUAGUUGUGACAGGAGAAGCUGAAAUUGUAUUUGCACGUGUUGGGGAGGAUGUUGUUCUAAACUGCAUGGUGGACUCGCAUAUCCCUCCUCAACGCUUUGACGAGGUCUCAUGGAAGAAGGUGGACAAAAGUCCAGACAUCAUCCCUGUGUUGCUUUUCCAAAAUGGGACGAUAUUUCCAGGAUCGUCUCACAAGCGUUACAGAGACAGAGCAGAGUUCUUCAGAGAAGAAAUUCCCAAAGGCAACUUCUCGAUAAGACUAAAAAAUGUCCAGACUGCCGACAAGGGAGAGUACAUGUGUGAAGUACACACAGAGAAAUCGGUGAGCUCUGCAACUGUGGAAAUCGGGAGGUUGGGGAUGUCUGCUCUGCACAUUAUUACACUGAUACUUUGCUUUAUUUCCCUCUUGUUGACUUUCGUAUUAAGUAUUCCAGUCACAAUCUAUAUAAGCAAAAAAGAUAUUGGCACAAAACCCAUGUACGCAAAUUAUUUGCAGGUUGUCUGUCCCAACAUCUGUUUAUCUAUUGCAUUUGUUCUGUGGGGAGUUAUUGAAGGGUCUGUAGUUGAGGUAACGAUGUGUGCAACAAUUAAUCUGACGAGGAUCAUUUUGUUAUUUCUUAUGGCCCCAUAUUUUAAUUGGGAUACUACAGUUUCUGUUAAUUUUCCAGGUUAUAUCCACAGAAUAAUUGAAUUUGUAGCGAUUCCCAUUGCAUAUCUUCUGAUUUCUACAGCAUUUUGCUCAGCUGUUCUUCAUGAUCUCUGGAAUACAUCUCAGUGGACUCAAGCUGUUCUCGUCAGUGUUGGGAUUAUUCUGCUGUCAUCCAUGCCUGCAGUUUUUCGAGCCUUAAACAACGUUUGCUUCACACAAUUUUUUGAUAUACAUUCGUCAGUGCGAUUUAUUAUAGAGUCGUUAGGACACGUUCUCAUGCAGUCAAGCAACUUUCUUCAAAUGCGUCUUCUCUUCUUUAGAUCAUCAAGUGUUGAUGAAUCCAUGAUUAUAAUGACAUAUGCCUUUGGGGGAAUUUCUGCUGCUAUAUCAUUAAUAGUUCUUCCAAUACCAGCAAUUCGCCAGUACCUUUGUUCAAGACUUGGCAACUUUCAACUUUUUGCGCUUAUAUGGAGAUGUUAUUUAGUUUGGGUAACUGUUAUGGUUGUUACACUCAUCGGGCAUAGUGCAUUUAUUUUAUUUUAUCUCAACAAGAUUCUGGAGUAUACUAACGAGCGGUUUGGAUGGAUCUUUGUCACAGUUCUGCUCCAUGUCUUGACUGCAAUUUCACCCUCACGAUUCCCCAGAAAAGUUCCUGAUGUAAUUUACACUAGUUUGUACAUGUAUGGGGUGGCAGGUCUACCAGUAAUCAAUUCUGUUUCUCUUGCCACAGAAUUAAUAUUGCAAUUGUACAAGGGGGAGAGAACAGUGGAUGAUCUGCGUGUAAUAGUGCUGGCGUUUGAAAGCAUUAUGUCUGGCGUGUGGCUGGUUUUACAGAUCCAUGCAUACUGGGCAGUUUCUGGGAGAAAUGUACAGAAUGAGCUGUAUACGCUGAGGGACUUCACAACACAGUGCACAUUACAGCAAGGAGACAUUGAAUCAGAUUUUUUAGAGAAUCACCUCUCUGAGAUCCAAAGAUGUCAGCCAGAGGCAGCACCAUUCCUUGAAGAAGAGCAAGAUCAAGAGGUUUAGAUCAUUUGAGGAAUAACUUAAUG